CUCCAGGGCGGAAGCGGGUGUCUGGUCCCGAGCCGCUUUACUAUGGGGCUUCUGCAUGAGGGCAAGAAGAUGCUGCGAUUUGGGGGGCUGGGGGCGAGGCUGCUAGCGCGGAGCAGCGACAGAUUCGCCACGUCCCGGAGAGGCUUUGUGACCACGGCCCCCGUGAAUUCAUACGACGUCCGGAGAGUCGAGAUAACCCCGCUGGAGCAACGGAAGCUCACGUUUGACACCCACAACAUGGUGCGAGAUCUGGAAGCUCACGGCUUUGCAAAAGAACAGGCCCAAACCAUCGUGUCGGCGCUAAUGGCCCUGUCCACCGUCAGCUUAGAUACCGUCUACAAGGAUAUGGUCACUCAAGCCCAGCAGGAGAUCACCCUGCAGCAGAUCAUGGCUCAUUUGGACUCCAUCCGGAAGGAUAUGGUCAUCCUCGAGAAGAGCGAAUUUGCAAAUCUGAGAGCAGAUAACGAGAAAAUGAAAAUCGAGUUGGAUCAAGUUAAACAGCAGCUCCUGAAUGAAACGAACAGAAUACGAGCUGAUAACAAACUGGACAUCAACUUGGAGAGAAGCCGGGUGACGGACAUGUUCACAGAUCAGGAGAAAAAACUCAUGGAAGUCACGACGGAGUUCCAUAAGAAAGAUUCGAGCACCAACAGGGCCAUAUCGGAAGUCAGCAAUAAAAUUGAUGCUGAAAUCGCGGGCCUGAAAACACUCAUGGAAUCAAACAAGCUUGAAACGAUACGUUAUUUGGCAGCCUCCGUCUUCGCGUGUCUCGCGAUCGCGCUGGGAUUCUAUCGAUUCUGGAAAUAAAAGAAGCGAGUUGCGGGAACAAAGGACGCCGCGAGCCCUUCUCAAUCUCGCCUCCCGCGUGUCUCGGAUUUGCCCCUCCGGCAAGCGCUUUCAGAGCCCUUUAGUGUGGGGAUGGAUUUUUUCCAGCCUCUGUACCAAAUGGGGUGUUUGCUGGCAAGCCCGACCGACCG